AUGGCUCGAGUCCUCCUCACUGGCGGCAAUGGAUUUCUUGCAAGCCAUAUUUUGGAUCUCCUCUUGGAACAAGGAUAUUCAGUUGUGACCACUGUCCGCAGUCAAGAGAAGGCAGAGCAGAUCCGUGAACGCCAUCCAUAUGCAUCCACCACACAGCUAAGGGUUAUCAUCGUUCCUGACUUUACGAGCGCCGGUGCUUUUGAUGAAUGCUUCAAAUCCGACGCGCCUUUAGAUGUGGUCAUGCACACGGCGUCUCCCUUUCGUUACUCGAUAACUGAUAUUCAGCGAGAACUCUUGGACCCUGCCAUCAUUGGGACUGUUGCGUUGCUGGAGGCAGUUCAGAAGAAUGCACCAUCAGUCAAGAAAGUGAUUGUAACAUCUUCUUUCGCAUCGAUCAUCAACAGCUAUAAGGGGAACAGCUGGGUCGAUCAUGUUUAUUCCGAAGAAGACUGGAACCCAAUUACUCCAUCGGACGCUCAUGUAAAUGCCCUCAACGGAUAUAGAGCAAGCAAGACUUUCGCCGAGCGAGCAUGUUGGGAGUUUGUUGAGAGAGAGAACCCACGUUUCUCUCUGGUUACGCUAUGUCCAACGUUGAUGUUUGGCCCAGUUGUACACCCACUGCGCAAUCUCGACGAACUCAACACGUCAAACCAGCGGAUCCGAAAUUUUAUGGCAGGUGAAUAUAAAGCUGAAAUUCCAGACACAGGGACAUCGUUCUUUCUCUGGAUAGAUGUUCGUGACGCCGCCUUAGCCCAUAUAAGGGCGAUGGAAGCUUCAGAAGUUAUGAACAAGAGAUUCUUAUUGACUGCUGGUUACUUCUCAAACAAGGAGAUCUGUGAAGUGAUCCGUGGAUCCUUCCCUGAGUACGGACCGCAACUCCCAGAACAAAACACGGACAGUGGCGGGUAUCCCAGCGAAGGACUUUACGGUUUUGACAACUCCCAAGCCACAAAGGAGCUUGGCUUGACGUAUCGGCCCCUAUCCACAAGCAUUACUGACACUGUAAUGUCGCUACAAAAAUUGCAAAACUAG